AUGGCAAGCACCACCAAGAGAAAGGGCGAAGAUGCAAUUCCAGAAGAACCAAGAAAGAGACCACUCAUGAAGUCCUCUGAUGGGGGCGACGAUGGCGCCGACACCUCCUCUGUCAGUGCGGAAGCUUCUGAAGAUCAAGUUGCUAAGAUCAAGCACGAGAUCAACGACCUCAAGCAGCGAGUGAAAUCUUUGAAGAUGGGCACCAACGGUUCAUGCAGUGGUUCUGUGACCUCCUCCGAGUCUAAACUGUCCGAGAGUCGCAAUGAAUCUGACAACACCGAAACGUCUCAAACUGCCAAGUCAAAUGCUACUACCGACGCGGAGGGUACCGAAGAAGUCAUUGAAACUCUUACAAAGGAGAUUCAAAAACUAGAGAAGAAAUUACUGGAUCUUGUCUCAAAUGAUAACGCUUCGAUACUGUCGGCUACUGUUGACAAGGGCACGAAUACUAAGAGCGCUACGCUGAAAGCGGCUCUUGCGACCAAAUUUGGUGCUCCGUCGUUUGGCACUCCUUCCUUUGGGUCCAAAAACUUUGGCGCUUCCUCAUUCGGGUCGCCCGCAUUUGGUGCACUGUCAUUUGACUUAAUGAAGGCAGAGGUAGCUCUAGUGGACGACAAACCCGAGACUUCUAACGAGCCUACCUCAUCAGAAUCCUCAAAAUCUACUUCUAAUCCUGUCGCUGCAGCUAAGACGGCAGCUACUAAAACCACCAAUGCCGGAUCUCUGUUUGGGGCUAACUCUCGGUUUGGCAAUGCAUUUCAAGAGCUGUUGAAGAAGAAAUCAUUUUUAGACGACCUGGAGUCACUAGCAAAUGAGUCAAGCAAUGACGAACUGCGGCAACCCAAACCCCAAUUUAAGCAAGUGGACUUAGCACCAGUUGAGGUUAAAACGGGCGAGGAAAACGAAAAUCAAUUGCUUAAGAUCAAUUCAAAACUUUAUGAACUUGACAUCACUCAUAUCGAUUCCGGUUGGAAGGAGAGAGGCGAGGGUGCUCUUCAUAUCAAUGAAGCGAAAGACAAACUGUCAAAACGGAUGGUCAUGCGGCUGGUCGGUGUGCAUAAAGUGAUUUUGAAUUACCGUAUCACCCCACAAACUGAAUUUAUUAAGGGGUAUUCGGCCAGCAUAGUACCAGGAAAAUUCGUGCGCUUUAAUCUGGUGAAUUCGGAUGGAAAGCCUGUCCAGUAUAUGCUCAAAUUCAAAGACGAAAAGACUCGUGACAUGGUGGUGGACUUGAUGCUGUCAAAGAGCUCGUGA